AAGCUCGGCGGCGAGUCGAGCGCAGUAAGCAGUUCGCCCGUUCGCCGGCACUUGGCGGCUCUCGGCCUCUCGCUCGGCAGUUUGCGUCUCCUCCUCGCCCGUAGCGGUGUGGCUCCCAGCACGACACGACUAUAUGCGCACGCACGCUCGCGAGAGCUUGCGAGGAAAGCCCGUGCAGUGUUCAGUGACUGUUCUCCGUCGAUCGCAAAAGUGCGCGUGAAUAUCGAAGAAGGAGUAGAAGCAGUGAAGUAAAAAAGCAGCGUCGGGAGGGAGAGUCGCUGCCGCCGCUGCUGCUGCUGCUGCUGCUGCUGCUGCUGCACGAGGCCUGAAAUAACAGCGAGCAUAACUGCAGGCAUACGCGGAGUGAAUCAGCCCCGGCGCGGGAAGGAGAGAGGACAACGAUGUGGCCGUGGCCCGCCGCGAUCGGCCGGAACAGCGCAACGACGACGACGACGACGACGACGACGACGACGAGCACGCAGGCAUUGUUAGCGAGGCAUUAGAAAAGGAAGGUUAACGAGCGCGCCAGUGGUCUAGAUUAACUGCGCGGAGGAGAAACCCGAGAGCCGAGCUUUUUCGCCCGCAGGCCUGCCCCGAGAGGAGGACCUUUCGCAGAAAUUGCCAUCUGACAGCACAUUCAUGUCGCAGACGCAGUGAAGGCGCGUCGCGACCAUCACCAGUCCAGGAUGCCAACGAGGUGCGCUCUGCUCCUGGGAUUACUCUUCUUCGCACUAUUCGCUCUCCACGAUGCGCUGGCGCGACACGUGCAGAUCCGACUCGUGGAGGAGCUCGGCGAGAACGUAACGGCGUCGAGCGGCGACCGAGUGAGCCUGCUAUGCAACCCCGACCGGGCGACGAGCGGCUCGGGCGUCUCCUGGUACAAGGACGACAAGCCGCUCCAGUCGUCGACGUCCCGAGUCCGAGCGCAGCGUCAGCGCAUCCGCCUGAAGCCGGCCAAGCCCGAGGACAGCGGCUUCUACGGCUGCCUCGUCGACCAGGUCGGCUGGCGCAACGUGACGCUUAUGGUCGAGCCCGAGCUGAACGAUGGAUUCCACGACGAAAAUAGCGACUACGAGCUAGGCAGAGUCCAAGGCGCCCUCAGGCCCGACGACGAGACCAACGAACUCGAGCUCGCCGAUUCCAGAGUUAUGCCGGAAACGCGAGCGCUGCACCUCGAGCCGCCGGAAGCGGAGAUGCCGAGCAACGCGACGCCGAUGCCGCCGAGAUUCAAGGAGGAGCUGACGCCCUCGGAGCUCAUACCGGCGGGCAACACGCUCAAGCUCAAGUGCCCGGCGACGGGCUACCCCCAGCCCAACAUCACCUGGUUCAAAGACGGCGAGCAGCAGAGCAACAACAAGCGGCUCCUCACCAACAAGUGGACCCUCAGGCUCGAGGGGCUCAACAUCAUACAGGACGGCGGCAACUACACCUGCCUCCUCUGCAACCCGCUCGGCUGCAUCAAUCACACCUUCGCCAUCAACGUCGUGGAAAGCAUACAGGCGAGGCCGAUCAUGACGCAGACGCCGGCGAACGUGACGGUGCCGAUCGGCAGCAACGUCAAUUUCACCUGUGUCGCGCUCUCGCAGACGCACAGGCACCAAGAGUGGUAUCACGGGUACCACACGUUUUUCGACACCCUCAACAAGACCAAUGAUAGCUCGAGGGUCGAGGUCAAGACGGAGGGCGAGUGGAACCCUGAGGUGCUGGAGAUCCGCAACGUCACGGAGAAGGACGAGGGCUGGUACACCUGCAUCGUGCAGAACGCGAUGGGCUACGCGUUCAGUCAGGCGUACCUGCGCGUCGUCGAGUCCCUGGAGGAGCAGGGAAAGCCGCUGACGGCCCGACCGCACCCGGUCCUGGUGAACGUGCUCGUCGCGGUCCUCUUCAUCUUCUUCGCGGUGGGCAUCGUCGUGGUGAUCUACAGCUACCACCGGCUCAAGCGCGAGAAGAUGAAGAAGCUGCUGGCCAUCGAGACGGCUCGCGCGGCGGUGGUCACCCAGUGGACGAAGAAGGUCAUCGUGGAGAAGCAGAACCUGGUGAACGCCCAGAACGUCCAGGAGUCGCUGCUCAUGCCGGUCGUCAAGAUCGAGAAGCAAAAGUCCGCCGUGACCGUCGAGGAGAACAGCGGCUCCGGCAGCAUAUCCGAGUACGAGCUGCCGCUGGACAGCGCCUGGGAGCUGCCCAGGGAGCAGCUGGUCCUGGGGAACACGCUCGGCGAGGGCGCCUUCGGCAAAGUCGUCAAGGCCACCACCAACUCGGGCAAGCUCGGCGUCUCGACCAUCGUCGCCGUCAAGAUGCUCAAAGAGGGCCACACCGACUCCGAGAUGAUGGACCUCGUCUCCGAGAUGGAGAUGAUGAAGAUAAUCGGCAAGCACAUGAACAUCAUCAACCUCCUCGGGGCGUGCACCCAGGGCGGGCCGCUCUACGUGGUGGUGGAGUUCGCGCCCCACGGCAACCUGCGCGACUUUCUGCGCGAGCACCGCAGCUCCUCGGGCUACGAGUCGGCGCUGGGCCAGCACUCGGACAAGGACAAGAAGACGCUCACCCAGAAGGACCUCGUCUCCUUCGCGUACCAGGUCGCCCGGGGCAUGGAGUACCUCGCCAGCCGGCGCUGCAUCCAUCGGGACCUCGCCGCGAGGAACGUGCUCGUCAGCGACGAGUACGUCCUCAAGAUCGCGGACUUUGGCCUAGCCAGGGACAUCCACUGUCACGACUACUACAGAAAAACCACCGAUGGAAGACUGCCCGUCAAGUGGAUGGCGCCCGAGGCCCUCUUCAAGCGCAUCUACACCUCGCAGUCCGACGUCUGGUCCUUUGGAAUACUCUUGUGGGAGAUCAUGACCCUGGGAGGUACUCCCUAUCCGUCCGUGCCGUCCGUCGAGAAGCUCUUCCAGCUGCUCAAGACGGGCUUCCGAAUGGAAAAGCCGCCGUGCUGCUGCGUCGAAAUAUACCUGUUGAUGAGAGAGUGCUGGAGCUACCAACCCGAGGACAGACCGAUGUUUUCAGAUCUAGUCGAAUUCCUCGACAGGAUACUCACCAUAACAGCCAACGAAGAAUACCUGGACCUAGGACUGCCGCCCCUGGACACGCCACCGUCGAGUCAAGAAUCGAGCGACGCGGAGAACAACGAUGCCGAGGAUCAAUUUCCCUUCCAACGAAAUCUGCUGUAAAAUUCUGAAACGAAAGCGAGAAGAACUAACGAAGAGCUGGUUAGCCGUCAUUGGCUGGCAAUACGAUUAUUCACUGAACCCAGUGUAACGAAGGCGCAUUGCUCAUGGUGAACUGUAUACGAAUACAACAUGUGGGUGCGACUAAAAGAACAUUGUUUAUACAGUAUUUUGUGCAAACAAGUGUUGAUUUCGGUACCGAUCGCGAGCACAGCAAACGCAGCUGCUUCGCUGCAACGAUUAUUUUAUGAUUAUAUUUUAUAAUUAUAUACGUAAGGUAUCCUAAUGCUGAGAUGGACUACGUAAAUGUAAUCUCGGUAUUUAUUUGUAAAUUUUGUGCAGGAGAUGUAUUAAAUAUUCUGAUGGAGUGCGAGUGUUUGAACUGUAGAACUAUGCGCGGAUAUAAAAUGCCUCCAUUUCGAACGCAGUCAAAUUGUAAAAUUAUUUUAUUCGAUUAAAAAUGUAUUUAAUAUAUUAUUAUUAUUAUUA